ACACAGAGGCUUCCAGUCUGAGGAAACAAGACCAGCUGAGAAGUUGGCCAGGUGAGGUUAGCUGUGGCUUGUUCUGUCUCUCUGACCAUCCAGCAUUUCACCCCAACAACUGGCCCCGGGUUUGAUUUUAUUAAUAAGACUCUCUAAGAUUCAUGCUACAAUCCUGGGUAAUGAAAAGCUACUCAGGAUUCAAACUGUGUGUGGGUUAAGUGUCUGUCAAUCAUCACUGCCUCAGUUCUCCAUUGGUAAAUGCCCUGGCUUCCUUUCCUGCUGCUGUGAAAAACUACUCUGACAAAGGCAACUUAGGAGAGGAGGUUUGGUCUUGCUCAUAGUUCCAGGCUAUCAUUCAUCACAGCAGAAAUGUCAAAGCAGCAAUCAUGAGCAGAGAGAAAUGUGUGCAUGUUUGUGCUCUGCCUUCUCCCAUGACCACCUGCCAAGGGAGUGGGGCCACCUGUAAUGGGCAGGUGUCCCUACCUCUAUUAAUAUGAUCAAGAUACUGCUCAAUAAACAUGCUCACAGGCCAGGUUGAUCUAAUUUUAGAUAUGUCAAGCUGACAAUUAAAACUAACUAUCAGAGUCAGUUUUAUGUUGCUGUGGUAUAAACAACAAGAGAGAGAGAAGUUUUAUUUUUGGCUCAGAGUUUGUUUUAGCCCACCAUGACAGGAAAGGUAGAGGGCUGAGCUGGUGGUGGUUGAAGGGCAUGGCUGGGCCUCCUAUUUCCAAGGACCAGGAAGUAGAGAAAGACACGAAAGCCAGAAGUGGGCUAUACCCAUGUGUAGUAGCCUAUGCCAUCAGCUAGACCCCACUUCUAAAAGUCCCAUAGACUCCCCAAAAAUAACACCACCAGCUGAGCCUCUGGGGAACACUUCACAUUCAAACCAUAGCAGGUUCAUUCUUUGUUUAACAGUGGUUGUGUUUACUGCAGAUGGUCAUCUCAUUGACCAGUAAGGAGCUGGAGGCCUAUUCCAAAGCUGGGGCUGUAGCUGAAGAGGUCUUGUCAUCAAUCCGAACAGUCACAGCCUUUGGAGCCCAAGAGAAAGAAAUUCAAAGGUAUACACAGAAUCUAAAAGAUGCAAAGGAUGCUGGCAUAAAGAAGGCUAUAGCUGCAAAACUGUCUCUUGGAGUGGUCUACUUCUUCAUGAAUGGAGCCUAUGGACUGGCUUUUUGGUAUGGAACCUCCUUGAUUUUCGGUGGAGAGCCUGGUUACACCAUCGGGACUAUUCUUGCUGUUUUCUUUAGUGUGAUCCAUAGUAGUUAUUGCAUUGGAUCUGCAGCCCCUCACUUGGAAACCUUCACCAUAGCCCGGGGAGCUGCCUUUAAUAUUUUCCAGGUUAUUGAUAAGAAACCCAAUAUAGAUAACUUUUCAACAACUGGAUAUAAACCUGAAUGUAUAAAAGGAAACAUAGAAUUUAAAAAUGUUUCUUUCAGCUAUCCAUCAAGACCAUCUGUCAAGAUUCUGAAAGGUCUCAAUCUCAAGAUUAAGUCUGGAGAGACAGUGGCUUUGGUUGGUCCCAGUGGUAGUGGCAAGACCACAACAGUCCAGCUUCUGCAGAGGCUAUAUGACCCCGAAGAAGGCUGUAUCACAGUCGAUGAGAAUGACAUCCGAGCCCAAAACGUGAGGCAUUACCGAGAGCACAUCGGAGUGGUCAGCCAAGAGCCUGUUUUGUUUGGGACCACCAUCGGCAAUAAUAUUAAGUUGGGGCGUGAAGGAGUUAGUGAAGAGGAGAUGGAGCAGGCAGCGAGGGAAGCGAAUGCCUACGACUUCAUAGUGGCGUUUCCUAAGAAAUUUAAUACACUAGUGGGGGAAAAAGGAGCUCAAAUGAGCGGAGGCCAGAAACAGAGAAUCGCCAUUGCUCGAGCACUAGUUCGAAACCCCAAAAUUCUGAUCUUAGACGAGGCCACAUCUGCCCUGGACACAGAGAGUGAGUUAGUUGUUCAAACUGCGCUGGAGAAGGCAAGCAAAGGUCGGACAACAAUUGUGGUUGCACACCGGCUUUCCACUAUUCGUGGGGCAGACACGAUUGUGACUAUGAAGGAUGGCAUGGUGGCAGAGAAGGGGACCCAUGCUGAACUGAUGGCCAAGCAGGGGCUAUAUUACUCACUCGCCAUGGCACAGGAUAUUAAAAAAGCUGAUGAACAAAUGGAGUCAAAGACGUGUUCCUCUGAAGGAAAUACCAGCUCUGUUUCUCUGUGUGAUGUGAGUAGCACCAAGCCCCCCGGCGCUGACCAGUCUGAGGAAGCCAUCCACCAUCAAAAGAUGUUUGAAGAUAAAAAUAAAACUACAUUAAAACAUGAUGCAGAACUCUACUCCAUGAUGUUAGUCAUCUUGGGCAUUGUUGCUCUUGUUACUUACCUGAUGCAGGGGUUGUUUUAUGGCAGAGCAGAGGAAAAUUUAGCCAUGAGAUUAAGACACUUGGCUUUCAAAGCCAUGCUGUACCAGGAUAUUGCCUGGUAUGAUGAUAAAGAAAAUAGCCCGGGAGCCUUGACCACCACAUUAGCCAUGGAUGUAGCACAGAUUCAGGGGGCAGCAACUUCAAGACUUGGUAUCAUAACGCAAGAUGUGACCAACUCAGUGCUGUCUGUUCUCAUCUCCUUCGUAUACGGAUGGGAGAUGACACUCCUGAUUCUCAGCUUUGCGCCUGUACUUGCAGUGACGGGAAUGAUUGAAACUGCAGCAGUGGCUGGAUUUGCCAACAAGGAUAAACAAGAACUUAAGCGUGCUGGAAAGAUAACAACAGAAGCUGUGGAAAACAUACGUACCAUAGUAUCAUUAACAAGAGAGAAAGCCUUCGAGCAAAUGUAUGAGGAGAUGCUUCAGACCCAACACAGAAAUGCCUUGAAGAGAGCACACAUCACUGGAAGCUGUUACGCAGUCAGCCACGCUUUUGUGUAUUUCGCCCACGCAGCAGGGUUUCGAUUUGGAGCCUAUUUGAUUCAAGCUGGACGGAUGACACCAGAAGGCAUGUUCAUAGUUUUUACCGCCAUUGCGUAUGGUGCUAUGGCCAUUGGAGAAACACUUGUUUGGGCUCCUGAAUAUUCCAAAGCCAAAGCUGGAGCUGCGCAUCUGUUUGCUUUGCUGAAAAAGAAACCGACUAUAGACAGCUGCAGUCAAAGCGGGGAAAUACCAGACACCUGUGAAGGGAAUUUAGAAUUUCGAGAAGUCUCUUUCUUCUAUCCAUGUCGCCCGGAAGUUCCUGUUCUUCGUGACCUGUCCCUGAGCAUCGAGAAAGGGAAGACUGUAGCCUUUGUUGGAAGCAGCGGCUGUGGGAAAAGCACGUGUGUUCAACUGCUACAAAGAUUUUACGACCCCACGAAAGGACAAGUGCUGCUUGACGGUGUUGAUGUAAAGGGGCUGAACGUGCAGUGGCUGCGUUCCCAGACAGCCAUCGUCUCCCAAGAGCCUGUGCUCUUCAACUGUAGCAUCGCUGAGAACAUCGCCUAUGGUGAUAACAGCCGCAUGGUGCCCAUAGAGGAGAUCAAAGAAGUUGCAGAUGCAGCCAACAUCCAUUCUUUCAUUGAAGGGCUCCCCAGGAAAUACAACACUCAAGUCGGACUAAGAGGAGUGCAGCUUUCUGGUGGUCAGAAACAAAGACUGGCUAUUGCCAGGGCUCUUCUCCGGAAGCCAAAAAUUUUACUGUUGGAUGAGGCCACUUCAGCCCUUGACAAUGAGAGUGAGAAGGUGGUUCAGCAUGCCCUUGAAAAAGCCCGGAGAGGGAGGACCUGCCUAGUGGUGGCUCACAGACUCUCCACAGUGCAGAAUGCUGAUCUGAUCUUAGUUCUACAAAACGGAAAAAUCAAGGAACAGGGAACUCAUCAAGAGCUCCUGAGAAACAGAGACACAUACUUUAAAUUAGUAGCUGCACAGUGGGUGCACUGAUGCUGCCAGUCUUGCAUGCACUUUGACAUUUGUGUAAUGAAAGACAGUCAUUUCUCGGCCUGCUCUGGUCUCUCACUGCAAAUGUCAAUACCUACAAACUGACACUCAAGUACAGGAAUAUUCCAUUCAAGUGUCUUCCCUUGAGAUAUUUUUUUUUUCCCUUGAGAUUUUUAAAAGCAAAUCAGGGAGGCUGGAAAGAUGGUUCAGUGGUUUAGAACACUGGCUGCUCUUCUGGAGGACCUGGUGUUGAUUCCCAGCAUCCACAUGAUGGCUCACAACCACCUGUAACUUCAGCCCCAGGGGAUCCACUCAACUCUUCUGGCCUCUGUGGGUACCAGGCAUACAUGUGUAGCACAUCCACUUGUGCAGGCAAAACACUGUUAUACGUUAAAAAAAAAAAUUAGAAAAAAAGCAAAGUAAAAGUUUACAAAAUUUACCUGGAAAAAGUGCUAGUAUCUCUCAUUUCAUAAAAAUAUCCUAACACAUUUUCUUGUAGACAGCUUUAUGCAAAAUACAGGCAUUUCUGUGUCAAAGUUCUGUGAUGAGAUUGGGGGAGAAUAUCAUCUAGUUGAAAGGUUUUAUCUGAAAGAGUAAGAUGCAGCUAGUUAGGCCUGGUGGGACUGCAGAGAGAGCCUUUAAUUGGGAAGACUGAGCUUUGCAGCAUGUCAGAGUACUGUGCCUCCCUUCUCUCUAGACUGUAUGGAUUUCUGUAAGUGGCCUCUCCAUAAAUAUCCAGUUUCUAAAAUUCUGUUAUAGCCCCUCGUUGGGCAGGAAUGGGGGAAUUCUGGAGCAGUACAGGGUAAAGUGUCCAAGAAGGGGAGACGGCUCCUGCUCUCCCAGUCAGCACAGAGCAUCACACCAUCCUUCCUAAAGAUUCUAUUCCAAGCUUUGGGUGUUGGUAUGAAGCAUAGGCUAACUGAAGUGUGAACGCUUACUUAAAAUAAAAGAUAUUUCUACUGUGGGUGAAAAAUUAAAAUGCUUUUCUA